AUGAUGAGUUUUCAGCAUCUUGUUGCGUUUUGGAUGCUUUUUUGCUGCAGCUAUGCAUAUAAACCAGUGGUUUUAAUUCAUGGAAUUAUGACGGGAAGUGGAAGUAUGGAAAUAAUCUCUAGGAGAAUUCAAGAGAAACAUCCUGGCACUAAAGUCUAUAAUGUUAAUAGAUUUGAGAGUUGGUCGAGUUUGGAAACCAUGUGGCAUCAAGUGUUGGAAAUUGGUCAAGAUGUAGCUAAUAUAUCUAGUCAUUAUCCUGAAGGAAUUAAUCUAAUUGGGUACUCCCAAGGAGGUCUUGUUGCUCGAGGUAUUGUGCAAACAUUCCCAAAUGUCUCGGUGAGCACUUUUAUAUCUCUCAGCUCUCCCCAAGCCGGUCAGUAUGGAGCUGGCUUCCUUCACGUCGUAUUUCCUGGUUUAGUUAAGGAGUCGGCUUAUGAAUUAUUCUACUCAAGAGUUGGUCAACACACAUCUGUCGGGAACUACUGGAAGGACCCCUAUCAUCAAACGUUGUAUGACGAAUAUAGUGUUUAUCUGCCAUAUAUUAAUAAUCAUAUCCUGUCUGCAAAAUCAAAUGAUUUUAAGAACAAUAUAUUGAGUUUGAAGCGGCUUGUUUUAAUUGGUGGACCAGAUGAUCAAGUUAUUACUCCUUGGCAGAGCAGCCAAUUCGGUUACUAUGGAAUGAACGAGACAGUGAUAGAAAUGCGUGAACAGGACAUCUAUAUGUCGGACCGCAUUGGCUUGCGAGCGCUCGACGAGAGCGGACGUCUUCAUAUCGUCACGGUGCCUGGUAUUAAUCAUUUUGAUUGGCACAUGAAUGUAAGCAUUGUAGACGAUUAUUUAUUACCGUAUUUAGAUUAA